UAAAAAACAAGAUGGAAGCCAAACUUUGACAGAAUCUCUAGGACACUGCUGACUUGAGCAUGCAACUGUGAUGACCUGACACUUGUGCUGUCCUUAACAAACAAAGCAAAAGCCAAGUCCUGGAACGCCGUUGUCAUCAACAUGGCAGACUCCAGGGAUGUUACAGGUGGGCCUGGACCACCAGAGCAAUUUUAGAAUAGAUCAAAAGAGAAGAAGCGAAGACAUGGGCAUUCCAGUGGUUCCAGAGUUAACGUCAAAGACGGUGAAAGUGGGUAUUCGGAAAAUCGAGGAAAAACGGAGCGGGUGAAAUCAAAGGAGGCGGGGAGUGAGCCGAUUUCAAAGUGCGAGAAAGCGGUGGAUUCAGUCGGUAGUGGUGAGAAGAAAGGUCGGACUCGGAGGAAUCCUGAGGAGGAGGUGCCAAGGAAUGGGGCGGGUGACUGCACGAGUGGUGAUCAGGACGUGGACAAUGCCCGCGACGAAACGACUCAGGAACACGAGAGACUCGGUCGGGAAGCGGAGGCGGACCGACGCACGAAUAUCCGCACAGGGAGAGAUUGAACGGCAGAACAGCGCGGAUCGUAAGAGUGGCAAUAAUCCGACGAAUACGGAACACGGAAAAAAUAAGUCUGAGCCGGACUCGGAAAAUAUUGGCAAAGAGCGUCCUGUAAGCGGACAGACUGCGGCGAGAAAUCAGAAAGAAAAGUUAGUCAAGGAACACACAAGGAGUUAUUCUGAUGGCGGGGCGGUGUUUGUGAGCCCACGUCGUCAGCGCAGCGAUUCCAACGGACAGCAUAGCGAUCAGGGCAUUUAUGAUAAUGAGCAUGCCGAGGUUGUGUUAUCGCGAUCGCGGUCGCUGAAGUACGAUCGUCAGGGAAGCCGCGCCGAUUUUCCACCGCGGUUACUGGUGGUUUCGAGUAAGAUAAAGAACAUUAUGUCUCUACAGAAUGCCCUACUGCCUCAAGUGACGUUUUUGCAAUAUAAGUUCGAGACAUCGACUUUUGAUGGUUUGAUAGGUUUAAUAGGCCAAUUCCUGCUCAAUAAGAAGUUUCACAGUGUUGCCUUAGUUCUCCAUGGCCCGGUGGGCGUGAUACAGUUGUGUGGGAAAGAGGAAAAGCCGCUCAAUAAAGAUACCGUCCUUGACCACGCAGGUAUUCGUGGCUUCUUCUCCAAACUCUUCAGUCUCCAUGGCAACAAGGAGGCAGCGAACCUCCGCCUCGACUUCUUGGCAUGUAACGCCGCUCAGGGACAAGAUGGCGGACAGGGCAUCGUCAAGGAGCUGGAGGCUCUUCUGGGGGUGUCGGUUGGUUUGUCUCGAGACAUUGUCGGAGCAGAGCUGGUCAAAGACCCGUCCUCAAAAAGUACGGUUGGGGAGCUCUACUUCCGUCUUGAGUGUCUCCGUGGAUGGAGCGGACAUUACCAGCAGUCAAUGGCCGGCUUUGAGAAGAUCAGAACCGUUGGGAAAGGGGCAUAUGGUGCGGCCGUCCUCUACCGGAAACGUGACGACGACUCCCUGGUCAUACUCAAAGAAAUCAACAUGCACGACUUGAAUGCAGCAGAGAGACAACUUGCUCUUAACGAGGUGAAAGUUCUCGCCGUCUUAGACCACCCGAACAUCAUCAGUUAUUACGAUAGUUUUGAAGAAGACGGCGUCCUGAUGAUUGAAAUGGAGUAUGCAAAUGGAGGGACGCUAGCUCAAUACCUCUCUCAUAGGGACGCUCCACUGGACGAGAAGGAAAUACUAGAAAUCUUCCAACAGAUGGUGGCAGCCAUUCGUCACAUUCACGAACAUAACAUACUACACAGGGAUAUGAAAACGGCCAACAUCUUCCUGACAAAAGAGGGCGUUGUUAAAGUCGGCGACUUUGGAAUCUCAAAGAUAAUGUCAACUGCUGAUAAAGGAGCGAAUACAGUGAUGGGAACGCCUUAUUAUAUCAGCCCCGAAAUGUGCGAAGGCAAGGAGUACAAUGGUAAGUCAGACAUCUGGGCACUCGGCUGCAUUCUGUAUGAAAUGGCUUGUUUACAGAAGACGUUCGAGGGAUCGAAUCUGCCCGCCUUGGUCAAUAAAAUUAUGAAGGGCCAGUUUGCCCCAGUGAAAGGAAACUAUUCAGAAGAUUUCAAGAACCUGAUAAAGGACAUGUUAGAACGUGAGCCUGAAUACCGACCGUCUGCCAAUGAGCUCAUGUAUCGACGGUUACCAGAGAAAAUGUCUACGACUCCUCAACAAAGGAAGAUUUAUAAGUUCACUAUGGUGAAGGAUGUAGCGCUUCUAAAAGAGAUUGUAGCCAUCAACCCUUUCUCUGAACCGUCAAAGUGGAAAGAAGUGCUUCAGAACUUUAAUUUUUAUUUCACCGGGGAGGGACAAGAAAAAAAGGAUGCAACUGAAAGAGGCAUUGUCGAUCGAUUUGCUGUUCUCCUCACAAAAUUCAAGAAGGAUGAACUUACAUCUGUCAGAGUGAAACUGUCGAGGAGGAGGAAGCAGGUGAAAACUUACCUGAUAUUAGUCAUAAUCAGAGGCAGGCUGCAUCUGAAAGACCUCGUCCCCAAUCACGACCUCGCAUCCGACUUCAACUUCAUCGAAGUCGAAGAUCAAGAAGUGAUACCAGAAUUGAAGCACCAUUACAAGACACGUAGUGGGCCUGAAUUACCGGUAGACGAUUUCCUUCCUGAUCUUGGUGGAGAUGUUGAUGCACCUGAUUCUGAGUUGUCCACUCGGGCAUCUAUCCGCCAGGAAAGCUCUAUCUCCACUGCUACGACUUCUGGUCAGACAUCUAGAUCUAGACGUCAAGCAAGCUCCCUCUUCACUGAUACUAAUAGUUCAACCAUGGCCCUUGCUGCUAGCACUCCAGCUGGAGGCGAAGUAGUGCUGGAGAUGAGAGAUUUUGCCGGUGGCCCAGACAUAGAGAUGGAUGACACUGUUGUGAUAGCUGAACAGUUAUGGAAUUGAGAAUACCUCAUUUUUUGGCCCACCUCACCAUCCAAGAACAGCAACAGAAAACGUUCGUGUUAUUCAAGAUAUGGAAUAUAUGGAAAGUAUGAUUGUAGAUGGUGAAAAGGCCAAUUGAAGAAGGGUUGCUCGCCUAAACCUCCAGAUUGCACGCACUGAAAGGAGGGCAAGGAGAAGAACUACGUCAGCUGACAGAAAAGAGGCUUGCAGAACUGGGCCCAGAACCAGAUGAGGAGGGAUGUAUCCAGGUGAAAUUUGUGUGCCCUGAAACGAAUUUAACGAGGCGAUUCCGGGAAACGGAUACUGUCCUGAGCUUGUUCUAUUUUGUUGAGGGAACGACCAAGGUUCAGGGCUGUGAACUUAUGUUAGCUGGCGAAAAGCUGAAGCGGGAUCAACUCUCCCUGAAGGAGGUUGGGAGAACAUCAAAUACCACACUGCACAUAAAAGAUAUGAUGAUCGCCAAUUGUCUUCAGAUGUCAUUCAUCUUAUUCUAGGAUGUGGAAUCUUUGGAUGAUGUGGAAAUGAACAAAAAUGAAGAGGAGAUUGAAUCUACUGCUACUGGUUCAGUUUGCACAAAAACCUGUCUUGGAGAUCUACAAAGUGCAGCUAUGGAGAUAAAAACCUUCAUUCGAGUUGGUGUGGAGAAGAACAUGUUCAUCAGCCGUGAGUCGAUCUUAAACCUGAUGGACUAUUAUAGGAGUGAUGGCCAACUGACUUUCCAUCGAAUCAAUGUGACGUUCGAAGGAGAAAACAUUGCAGAGGAUAUGGAUGGCUUGUCCCGAGAGAUGUUGACGUGUUUUCUCAAGGCUGCCCUCUCAAAGUAUUUUGAGGGGAGUGAUGCUAAGGUCCCAAAAGUGGACCAUGAUGUGAUGGACACUGAUGUUUUCUCCAUCAUUGGGAAAAUCAUCAGCCACGCUUACGUGUUGUUGGGGUACUUCCCAAUGAGCCUAUGCAAGGCAUCAUUGUGUGCCCUGUUUGACGCGAAUGUGGACUCGGAGAUGAUCACAAGUUCUUUCUUAAAGCUCUUGCCUCCUCUUGAGAGAGACUUUAUGAAUACAACACUCAAAGAUCCGAUCACGCUCAAGGUGAAUGCAAACAGAUUGCGAUGCAUGUCAAUAUUUCCCAUCGGCACUAAAUAAUAUUUUUUUCUUUUGCCGAAAGGAAGAGUAAAUGAUUUUCACCAAAAUGUGUUGCAACAAUGGUAAGAUAAUAGGAGAUGACAUGGUGUUUAACUCCCAUAUUCCCUUCAUAAUAUGGCUAAAAGUCAAAUAUGAGAGUUAAUAAACACCAUGUAUAAUCUGCUUAUAUCUAAUUACUCUUGUAAAUCAUUUUGGUUAUGAUCAUUUACUUUUCCUUUUGACCAUGUAUGUGGACAAACAAACAAAGUGAUUUUUUAGUGCGAAUGACACAUUUAAACAUGUUAAAUGAGUAAAAAUGGGAGGAUUAACUUAUGAGAAAUGCAUGUAUACAAUGUAUGGGAAAAUGUACAUGAAAUGGAAAAAUGCAGUUUUCUCAAAAUUGUACCAACAGAUUUUUUUAAUUCUUUCUGUUUUUGAAACUAUAUGAUAUUGGCUACAAUGUGGUACAGGUUUCAUCUCAAUGCAAUUUUAAAAAAAACUUACUGAAAGUUCAGGAACACUGUGUCACUAGACUCAAUAAUUCAUAUGGGAGGGGCAGCACCACCCACUAGUCAACCCGACUGAACAACCUCGCGAUUUUACUGGCUGUGAGUGGCCUUGGCUCGCUGCCAAUCUGUUGUUGGCGUCGCGAGACCAAACGCAGGAAUACUGGUGCCGUUGUUCAGUUGGGUGGACAAGUGGUUACCCCCCCCCCCCCACCUAAUGACCUAAUGCAAUAUUCUUGUUAAACAUUUUCAGAAACGUGAUAGGAUGUUUCAAUUUGAUAUUGAUUUAUACAUGCAAAACUUGUAUGGUUUAAUACCUACUUUAAAGUCAAUGGACUGGUUAUGUAAUCAUAUCAUGAACAUUGUGAUACAGUAGAACUCGCGUAAGUCGCCACCCUUGGGACUUAGAUGUUGAUGAUGACUUACAGGUAGGACCAGUAAAAUAACUCAUCAUUUUGAUGGCUUACAUAACUCGUCACAAUGAUGGCUUACAUAACUCGUCACAAUGAUGGCUUACAUAACUCGUCACAAUGAUGGCUUACAUAACACGUCACAAUGACGACUUACAUAACUCGUCACAAUGAUGGCUUACAUAACUCGUCACAAUGAUGGCUUACAUAACUCGUCACAAUGAUGGCUUACAUAACUCGUCACAAUGAUGGCUUACAUAACUCGUCACAAUGAAGGCUUACAUAACUCGUCACAAUGAUGGCUUACAUAACUCGUCACAAUGAUGGCUUACAUAACUCGUCACAAUGAUGGCUUACAUAACUCGUCACAAUGAAGGCUUACAUAACUCGUCACAAUGACGGCUUACAUAACUCGUCACAAUGACGGCUUACAUAACUCGUCACAAUGAUGGCUUACAUAACUCGUCACAAUGAUGGCUUACAUAACUCGUCACAAUGAUGGCUUACAUAACACGUCACAAUGAUGGCUUACAUAACUCGUCACAAUGAUGGCUUACAUAACUCGUCACAAUGACGGCUAACAUAACUCGUCACAAUGAUGGCUUACAUAACUCGUCACAAUGAUGGCUUACAUAACUCGUCACAAUGAUGGCUUACAUAACUCGUCACAAUGACGGCUUACAUAACUCGUCACAAUGAUGGCUUACAUAACUCGUCACAAUGAUGACUUACAUAACUCGUCACAAUGACGGCUUACAUAACUCGUCACAAUGACGGCUUACAUAACUCGUCACAAUGAUGGCUUACAUAACUCGUCACAAUGAUGGCUUACAUAACUCGUCACAAUGAUGGCUUACAUAACUCGUCACAAUGAUGGCUUACAUAACUCGUCACAAUGAUGGCUUACAUAACUCGUCACAAUGACGGCUUACAUAACUCGUCACAAUGAUGGCUUACAUAACUCGUCACAAUGAUGGCUUACAUAACUCGUCACAAUGAUGGCUUACAUAACUCGUCACAAUGACGGCUUACAUAACUCGUCACAAUGAUGGCUUACAUAACUCGUCACAAUGAUGGCUUACAUAACUCGUCACAAUGACGGCUUACAUAACUCGUCACAAUGAUGACUUACAUAACUCGUCACAAUGAUGGCUUACAUAACUCGUCACAAUGAUGGCUUACAUAACUCGUCACAAUGACGGCUUACAUAACUCGUCACAAUGACGGCUUACAUAACUCGUCACAAUGAUGGCUUACAUAACUCGUCACAAUGAUGGCUUACAUAACUCGUCACAAUGAUGGCUUACAUAACUCGUCACAAUGACGGCUUACAUAACUCAUCACAAUGAUGGCUUACAUAACUCGUCACAAUGAUGGCUUACAUAACUCGUCACAAUGAUGGCUUACAUAACUCGUCACAAUGAUGGCUUACAUAACUCGUCACAAUGAUGGCUUACAUUAAGGAAUUGAACCCGAGGCGGAGGACCUUGGUUGAGUUACCAAGACACUCGAGGGUGGAGCUAAAAUACAGUCCAAACCCGAGCCGACAGGCGAGGGUUUGGACGAAAUUUUAGCUCCACCCGAGAGUG